GAGGCCGGGGGCGGAGGGCACGCGUGCGGCGGGCGGCGCUCGGAGGCGCUGACGUCGGCCCGCUCGCGCCCCGCCAGCUCCACGCGGGCCCGGGUUGGCCGCCGCCGAGCCCCCGCUCCUCCCCCGGCGGCGUCCCGGCCGGAACCGAUCGCGGCUGGUUUGAGCUGGUGAGUCUCCAUGGCGACCCGCCGGCGCUAUAAGUAGGGAGCGGCGCGCCGUGGGGCUUUGUCAGUCCCUCCCGUAGCCGCUGCCGCCGCCGCCGGCCGCCCCUCUGCCUGCAGCUCCGGCGCCACCUUGGGCCGGCGUCUCCGGCGGGCGGGAGCCAGGCGCUGACGGGCGCGGCGGGGGCGGCCGAGCGCUCCUGCUCUUGCGGCUGCGGCUUCUGCCCCGGCGACUGCGCUUCCCCAUGGGGCUGGCCCGCGGCACCCGGGCGCUCUGAGAUUGUCACUGCUGCUCCAAGGGCACGCGUAGAGGGAUUUGGAGUUCCUAGAGAGUUGCCUUUGUGAAAAGCUGGGAAUACUUCUUUCAAUCCAUCUCUUAGUUUUCCAUAGGAACAGCAAGAAAUCAUGAACAGCUUUGGUAAUGAAGAGUUUGACUGCCACUUCCUUGAUGAAGGUUUUACUGCCAAGGACAUUCUGGACCAAAAAAUUAAUGAAGUUUCUUCUUCUGAUGAUAAGGAUGCCUUCUAUGUCGCAGACCUGGGAGAUAUUCUAAAGAAACAUCUAAGGUGGUUAAAAGCCCUCCCUCGUGUGACUCCCUUUUAUGCAGUCAAAUGUAAUGAUAGCAGAGCCAUCGUGAAUACCCUUGCUGCUAUUGGGACAGGGUUUGACUGUGCUAGCAAGACUGAAAUACAGUUGGUGCAGAGUCUGGGGGUGUCUCCGGAGAGGAUUAUCUAUGCAAACCCUUGUAAACAAGUAUCUCAGAUUAAGUACGCUGCUAAUAAUGGAGUCCAGAUGAUGACUUUUGAUAGUGAAGUUGAGUUGAUGAAGGUUGCCAGGGCACAUCCAAAAGCAAAGUUGGUUUUGCGGAUUGCCACUGAUGAUUCCAAAGCAAUCUGUCGUCUCAGUGUUAAAUUCGGUGCCACACUCAAAGCCAGCAGGCUCCUUUUGGAACGGGCGAAAGAGCUAAAUAUCGAUGUCAUUGGUGUCAGCUUCCACGUAGGAAGCGGCUGUACCGAUCCCGAGACCUUUGUGCAGGCAAUCACGGACGCCCGCUGUGUAUUUGACAUGGCGGCUGAGGUUGGUUUCAGUAUGUAUUUGCUUGACAUUGGCGGUGGCUUUCCUGGAUCUGAGGAUGUGAAGCUUAAGUUUGAAGAGAUCACCAGCGUAAUCAACCCAGCGUUGGACAAAUAUUUUCCGUCAGACUCUGGAGUGAGAAUCAUAGCUGAGCCCGGUAGAUAUUAUGUUGCAUCAGCUUUCACACUUGCAGUUAAUAUCAUUGCCAAGAAAAUUGUAUUAAAGGAACAGACUGGCUCUGAUGAUGAAGAUGAGUCGAGUGAACAGACAUUUAUGUAUUAUGUGAAUGAUGGCGUCUAUGGAUCAUUCAAUUGCAUACUGUAUGAUCAUGCACAUGUGAAACCCCUUCUACAAAAGAGACCUAAACCAGAUGAGAAGUAUUAUUCAUCCAGCAUAUGGGGACCAACAUGUGAUGGCCUCGAUCGGAUUGUUGAGCGCUGUGACCUGCCUGAAAUGCAUGUGGGUGAUUGGAUGCUCUUUGAAAACAUGGGCGCUUACACUGUUGCUGCUGCAUCUACUUUCAAUGGCUUCCAGAGGCCGACAAUCUAUUAUGUGAUGUCAGGGCCUGCAUGGCAACUCAUGCAGCAAAUCCAGAACCCCGACUUCCCACCUGAAGUAGAGGAACAGGACGUCAGCACCCUGCCUGUUUCUUGUGCUUGGGAGAGUGGGAUGGAACGCCACCCAGCAGCUUGUGCUUCAGCUAGUAUUAAUGUGUAGAUAUCACUCUUGUAGCUGUUAACUGCAAGUUUAGCUUGAAUUAAAGGAUUUGGGAGGACCAUUUAACUUAAUUACUGCUAGUUUUGAAAUGUCUUUGUAAGGGUAGGGUCUGCACGAUGCGGCCACACAGAAGACUAGGAUAUGGGUCACACUUAUCUGUGUUCCUAUGGAAACUAUUUGAAUAUUUGUUUUAUAUGGAUUUUUAUUCACUCUUCAGACAUGCUACUUCAGAGUGCUCCUCAGCUGCUGAACAAGCGUUUGUAGCUUGUACAGUGGCAGAAUGGGCCAAAAGCUUAGGGUUGUGACCUGUUUUUAAAAUAAAGCAUCUUGAAAUAAAUAGGCA